UAGGCCGCCUUCGGACGUAAUGCAGAACCACGUGCACUCCCCCCACACCCCCGGCUGUCCCAUCCACAUCUGAACGUCUUGCGGAGCAUCCUCUCUGCUGUCAGGGAGACUGCAGAGAGGUGGGAAGCUGGCUAUGCAGGUUUCCUUCUUUCAUGAAGGGAAGCCCGCACAGCCAAUAGCAGCGGGAGUGAGGGAGGAGCUUCCUUCCUCAGCUCUGGCUUGGGAGUUGGCUAACAGCAGUGCCAGCUUUCAGACAUAACACUGGCACCGCCGAACUGGAGGUGGAGGCCACAAAACUUUGAGAUAACCAAAGGUACAGAAUGGAGUUUGGAGAGGGAAAAUGCAGGUCCUCCUCCCGCCCUCUUUUCCUGUAACUGGUUGCUCACAUUCGGACGUAUGGUUAGUGAAACCAGAGACUUUCAGGAUGUUCACGUGAUGAUAUUUGUUGGGUUUGGUUUCUUGAUGACCUUUCUGAAGAAAUAUAGCUUCACCAGUGUUGGUAUCAACAUGCUCAUUGCUGCCUUGGGUCUCCAGUGGGGCAUCCUCCUACAGGGAUUUUGGCAUAUGGAUUCCAACAACAUUCACGUUAACACGGAGAGUAUGAUCAGUGCAGACUUCAGCACAGCUACAGUCCUGAUCUCAUUUGGAGCUGUCCUGGGGAGAACAAGUCCAGUCCAGAUGCUGAUAAUGACCAUUCUGGAAAUCACCCUCUUUGCAGUCAAUGAACACAUUGUUUUUAAAAUAUUCAAGGCUGUUGAUAUUGGAGCUUCCAUGACUAUUCAUGCUUUUGGAGCCUACUUUGGUCUGGCUGCAGCCCGAGUCCUAUACCGCCCAGGUCUGAAAGAUGGACAUGAAAAUGAAGGUUCUGUCUACCAGUCAGACAUAUUUGCUAUGAUUGGUACCCUUUUCUUGUGGCUGUUUUGGCCCAGUUUUAACUCAGCAAUUGCAGAGCCAGGAGAAGCUCAGCAAAGAGCAAUCAUCAACACAUACUUCUCUUUGGCAGCCUGCACACUCACAGUAUUUGCCAUCUCUAGCCUGGUUGAAUGCAAAGGCAAACUGAACAUGAUACACAUUCAAAAUGCUACCUUAGCAGGAGGAGUUGCUGUAGGUUCCUGUGCGGACUUGGAAAUCUUACCCUGUGGCGCUAUGUUAAUUGGCAGUAUUGCUGGAAUCAUCUCAGUUGUUGGAUUCAAAUACUUGACUCCAUUUCUUGCCUCCAGGAUGAAUAUUCAGGACACUUGUGGAGUCCAUAACCUGCAUGGCUUACCUGGAGUUCUGGGGGGCAUUGGAAGCAUCAUUGCAGCUGCUCUACUGAAAAACCUACAGCCUGCGAUUCAGGCUGCUGCUCUGGGAUGCACCCUUGCAAUUGCUAUGGUAGGAGGAGCUGUCACAGGAUUAAUUCUAAAGUUGCCUUUCUUGGGACAGCCACCAGAUCAGAACUGCUAUGAUGACACAGUGUAUUGGGAGGUUCCCACUGAAGAGGUGUCUUAUCACCAGGGGGAUCACUACAAAAUCAGUACUGAAACAUAAAAGGAACUUCUCAACAUUCGCUCUUGUUCAGGGACUUAGCUACCAUUGAACAAGGGGAUGGGGGAUAAAUGUCCCUUGGCCCCUGGGGGGGUGCACACCAGCUGUGUAGCAACUUGCUCUUUGAUCCCCCCUUGUACCCCACUGAAGAAGGGUAGGGGCAGGGGCCCAUCUUCACUUUUUGUCUCAGGGCCCACUACUCCAACCUUGCUAUGUUCCUGCUCUUGUUUUCCAUUUCUGAUUAAAUAUCCUGACCAUACGUUGUUCCUCUAUUAGCUUACUGCAAGAAUACUUCAACAAAAUGUCAUGAGAUAAUUCAAGUAUUCUGACUAUUGUAUGCAAAGUUAUUUUACAGAAAACAAUACAAAUCAUCUUAAUAAAUGUGCUUCAAAUGUGAUUACA